GCAGUCCACCACCACCCACCUCGUCUGUCUUGUCGGUAGGCUAGCUAGCCAGCCAGUCAUGCCGACGGUAAAUAUCGUGGAGGUCGGCCACGUGAUCGUGCCACCGCCGGAGGACUUGGUACUCAGGCUAUCCGCGCUGGACGCGCCGUGGGUCGCGAUCCCGCUAAUCCAGCGCGUGCUCCUCUUCGUCGAUGACGCCGGCGGCCAGCAGCACCCGCCCUUCGAGUCGCUCGUGGGGUCCCUCCGUGCGUCCCUCGCGGCCACGCUCGCGCGGCUCCCCCCGCUCGCCGGGAGGGUCGUCUUCCUGCCGUCCACCGGCGACGCCGCCAUCGACUGCUCCGGCCGCGAGGGAGGCGGCGGCGUGCGGUUCGUCGUGGCGGAGAGCGACGACGCGGACGCGCGGCGGCUCGCGGGGGACGCGGACCACGACGUAGACGCGUUCGAGGCGCUCGUCCCGGAGCUCAAGGUGGAGGCGCUCCCCGCGGAGGUGCUGGCCGUGCAGGUCACGCGGCUGAAGGGCGGGGUGGCGGUCGGCGUGGCACUGCACCACGCCGUGGUCGACGGCCGGUCGAUGUGGAUGUUCCUGGAGGCGUGGGCCGCGGCCUGCCGCGGCGACGCUGCUGCCGUGGCUGACAUGACGUUCGACCGCGCGGUGGUGGCCCUCCCCGGCGGCGGCGGGGACCUCGCCAGGAGCAUGCUGCGCAAGUACGCGCCCAAUCUGCCGCUGGAAGCCAACCUGUUCCCAAGCACCCUAAUCAAACUCCCUCGUCGGACAUUCACCGUCACCGCGAAGCAAAUCCACCACCUGAAGCAAUGCAUGUCUGGCCACACGACCUCCGGGAAGGCCGCCACCACGCCUAUGUCAUCCAGCUUCGUAGCCAUCGCGGCGGUCGCCUGGGCAUCAUUCGUCCGGUCCAAGCACCCAUCCGUCAUCUCCACCAACCAUGACGUCUAUCUCUUCUUCUUCAUCGACUGUCGCGGGCGGCCUAGCAUUGACCCGCCCGUGAGCGAGAACUACUUCGGGACAUGCAUCACCGGGUGUCUUGUAAGGGCCAUGGCACAUGACCUCCUUGCUGUUGACGGUGUCGCAGCCGCCUCGGUGGCGAUUCAGCGGGAGGUCCGGCGAGCAGCGGAGGACCCGCUCGCCCUUUGGGACUGGCUGGACAUUGUAUCGUGGGUGCCACUCGACAAGAUGGUGAGCAUCAACGGGUCCACGCGGUUCAAGGCGUACGAGGUGGCCAACUUCGGGUGGGGCGCGCCGAGCAGGACGGAGUUGGUCACCAUGAGCGACGGGCGGGUAGUGCUUGUCGCCGCCAAGAACGGCGCAGUUCAAGCGUCCGUGUGCAUGCACCUGGAUCAUGGCAGCGCGUUCAGCUCGCACUUCCUUAGUUCUCUUGUUGAUUCAUGUGUAUGCAGUACGAUUUUCGAUGCAAAUUAACGGUGGAAAUUAAAACUUACCUUAUUGCCAUCACUCCGCUGGAAUUGGUGAACUAGCCAAGCCAAUCUUCUAUGAGACCUUCCAUAGUGGGGCUAUUGUAGUGAGUAUCCUGCAACUACAUUUACUGCCAACUAUUGCUGAGUUGUAGU